AUGCUCACUGCGACCACAGUCUCGUGGGGCGCGCCGUCCAUCCUCCAGUCUCCCGCCAAUCCGAUCCUCCAGUGGGCGGAGGAUCACCUGUGCGGCUUCCGGAAAUGGUAUCUCGUCCGACCCAUCCAACCACGGGGAAUUACGGAGGCUGUGGGCCAGGGACUGGACGAUGCCGGGCCCGGACCCGAGUUCGACAGCCAGCCGAAUCCUAUAGAGGGCGAACCGAUCUCGUCUCAGUUGCCCGUGGACAUUGCGAUCCGAGCGACAGAUGCGAGAACUUGGCGACUGUGUCCGACCACAUCGGCGAUUACUGGAGACUCCUUUCGCGAGUCACUACGCCCUACUUCGUUAGCGACGUGGCCCCCGAGAACCCCGUGUCUUCGGCCCUCCGAAGCCGACGGCUCAGGCCCGCCCUCGAAUCGGUCCCAACUCACAACACCCCGCGGGGACGUGUGCGCGACGCCACUGAUGUCGGUCCCGACAGUGGCCUCUUCUCUCUCUCUCUGUCUCUCCGCACACAACGUGGUAUUCACCUGGAGAAAUGAGGGGGGAAGCGAGGCUGGCAAGGGAUUCCGCCCCCAAUCCUCCCCCCGACCAGAAGACGCCUACAAGCGACCUACCGCCUCGGAAACCAUCUUCCCCCCCCUUCUCCUCCCCCGGCGCAGUCAUCUGGAUCUGUAG